AUGGACACCAAGUCACAGAACCCUCCCACCACCCACACCCAGCCCCAUAGCAACUCUCGGCCCCAAAGCCACACCUGCAAUUGCAGCCACCACUGCCAGAACUGCAGCCAUGGCUGCUCCCGGAGCCAGAGUUGCAGCCGAAGCCGGAUCUCCAGCCAAAGCCCGACCGGCCACCAAAUCCAGACUCCAAGCCCCAGCCCACCACCAAGGCAUCACAAACGCACCACGAACUCCCACCACUGCCCCGUGAGGCCCACCACCCACUCCUGCAGCAACACCAACAACAGAAAGAACUUGGAAGGAAAAGUGAGGAAGAAGAAGGUGGUCAAUAGGAGACAGCAGGUGUACAAAACAAAGAGGCGAAACUCAGGUACUAUCCACGCAGGUGGGGAGGGGUGA